CCAGAGUGCAGAAGGGAGCGCGCCGAAUCCUGAGCAGGCCGCGCCCCUUUGGAACUGUCGGGCGGAGCGCUCAGGCCCCUGGGCCACGCCCCCACGCUGUCAGUUCCCGCCCCCGGACUCCGGGCCCCGCCCACCCCGCGGUAGCGCGCCACCGCCAUGGGGACUCCUAGCUGCCCAGACGAGGGGACCCCAUCGCCACCGGUCCCAGAGAACGAUGAGGCGGUUCAGCCCAAAGGAGCCGCCCAGUCCCGGGAGCUCCCCGAGGACCCUCGCGAGCAGGAGGCUCCCGAGGUCCCCGCGGGGCUCUCUAGUGGCGGAGGAGCUGAGCAGCAGGCGGAAGAAGAGGAAGAAGUGGCCGAAGGCAGCAGCACUGAGAGCAGCCGCGACGCGGGGGAGGCCCCGCCUUCUGUGCAGACCCGGGCCGCGCCCCCGACGCCCCCCCAGUCUAAGGAAGGGGCGCGCGGGGUGGCGCAGCGGCUUCGAGAGCAGCAGCUGGAGGCUCUGACUCGAGUGGCCCUGAUGGAGCAGCGAGUGAAGGAGCUACAGCGCCAGAGGAAGGAGCUGAGGAUCGAGAUGGAGGUCGAGGUGGCCCUGCUGCGGGGUGAGCUGGCUGGGGAGCGAGUGGCUGUCCGGCGGGAGGAGGAGCAACUCCGGGAGCUGCUAGAGCAGCAGGUGGACGGGGAGCAGCGGGCGCAGAGGGAACAGGAGCAGCAGCGGCUGAGUCAGGAGCGGGAUCGAGUGGAGGGUCUUCGCCAGAGACUCCAGGAGGCCCAGGGACAGCUCGACUCACAGCCAGAGGACCAGCGUGAGCGGCUUCUGCAGGCCGUGCAAGAGAUGAGGGAACAGCUGGAUGUGGCCCAGCGUGCCUAUGAGGACCUGGAGUUCCAGCAACUGGAGCGGGAGAGCCGGCGGGAGGAGGAGGAUCCUCGGGGCAGCACUGGAGCUUGCGUGCAGGACCCCAAGGUCCAGGAGCUUCAGGCCAGCCUGGCCCAGCACAGGCGCCGGAUCCAGGUUUUGGAGGAGCAGCUGAAGUCGCUGGGGGAGCAGAUGGCAGCCGAGAGCCGGGGGCUGAGCCGGAAGAAGGAGGAGGCCCUUCAGGCCCUGACACAAGAACGGAGCCGACUGCUGGAGCUUAAUUGCCUUCAGGGAAGCCCUGGCGGGGACUUCGCUGAGCCCAACCAGGCCCUCACGAAGCUCCUGUUCACCCAGAAGACGGACCGCCAGUUGCUGGUGCUCCAGGACCCCGCUGCGCACACCGCCGCCUCCGCUUCGUCCUGCCUCUUCUCCGUUCACAGCUCCCUGCAGGGCUCCAUCGGCCUCCAGAGGACUGGAAGCAUGUCCCGGAAGAGGGGAGAGAGAUUGAGCCAGAGGGGGUCCCCCCGACCUCUGUCCCUCCAUUGUGCUGGACCCCUGGAGGCCUCAGCCCUCACCCCAGCAGCAGGAGACUCUGAGAGACACCCACUCUAUCAGCUGCUGAACUGUGGCUCUGGGAAUAGCUAUGGGGCGCUCUACCCAGACAUUGCCCGCAUGGAACGGCUCCUGCAGCAGGCCGUGGCGGAGCGGGAGCGGCUGCUCAAGGCCAGGGAAGGAAUACGAAGGAGCACGGAAGGUUCCUCCAGCCCCGCUGUUCCCUCCGGCACGGCCACGCCCACGCUCCCACCCCGCCCCCUAGGGCCCCGGGUCUUGGAUCUCCAGCUACACCUGGAACGCUGGGGCCACAACCCCGAAAACUGCCCACAUGUCCAGGUGUCUGGGGGCUGCUGCCGCGGGCCCCUGGUGAAGAUGGGCGGGCGCAUCAAGACCUGGAGGAAGCGAUGGUUCUGCUUUGACCGCCAGGCCCGCCGCCUGGCCUACUAUGCCGAUAAGGAAGAGUCCAAACUCAAAGGCGUCAUCUACUUCCAGGCCAUUGAGGAAGUCUAUUACGACCACCUACGCUGUGCCUUCAAGAGUCCCAACCCUCGCCUGACGUUCUGCGUCAAAACCUACGAACGCCUUUUCUACAUGGUGGCGCCCAGCCCCGAGGCCAUGCGCAUUUGGAUGGACGUCAUCGUGACGGCCGCAGACGAGAACCACGCUCCCUGAGCGGCCCCACCCUCUCGGCGGACGUCCCCGCGAGGCUCCGCCUACGCGCAUGGUGCCCCUGAGGCCCCGCCCACUGCCUGAAAGCCUGGGCCCGCCCCUUUGGAACUCCGGGAUUUCUCCAGAUGCUGCGGCUCU